AUGAGUUCUUUAGAAGAUACAGUGUUGGAUGAAAUAGUGCAAAAGUUACCUGAAUAUAAAAAAUAUGAUGAACUUUAUAAAAAAGGGAAUAAAACCGUAAGUAAUUACUGUGAAAGCAUUUGUAACAAUGAAAAUUUAUGUAAAGAAACAAAAGAACUCUGUAAUACAAUUAUAGAUAAAUUAAAAAAGUUUGAAGACAAAGAUAAAACAGACAUCAAUGAUAAGGACAAUUGUUCUUAUUUCAUUUAUUGGACUCUUGAUAAAAUAAUAGAAAAAUUUAGAAGUAAAUGUAGCAAGAAAUUUGAAGCAUGUGAUGAAACUAAGCUUAAUGGAGAACUUCUUCGGGCAUAUAAAGAUAUAUUAAAUAAAAGUUGUACAUUUUAUUUUGAUGGUAAGUUCAACGAAUGGAAAGAAGAAAAGUAUUUGUAUUAUUAUAUUAAAAGCUAUGAACACUUCAAUAACAAAAAAGAAUUUGUUAGUGGAGAAAAACAAAAAUAUUGUAAAUACCUUAAAUAUAUAGAAAGUAUAUAUGAAAAACAUAUGACGCAAUGUUGUACUUACUUCUAUGAGCAGAGAUAUCAAAGGAACAUAUGUUCAAAUUAUUUUAAAUGUGAUAAAAAUUAUACCCCAUAUAAAAUAUUAUCUAAAUUAAAAUGUGGAAAUGUUAGAUCUAGUGAAUAUUGGAAAGAUUUAAUUAAAGAAUUAACCAUAGAUCGUGCUAUUAAAGAUAAAAGUCAAGAUAUAUUGAAAAGUUCAUUUAAUAUGUUUAUCGAAGAUCCAUUCUACAAAGUAACGAUAUUUGGUCUUUUAGUCAUAGGAAUACUUUUCUCUUUAUUCUUAUUUUUUAAAAUUACACAUAGUACAAAAAAUAAAAAUAAAGAUAAAUUUUUGGAUCCAGAUGGAUACUUAGAGAAAUAUUAUUCAGCGAAACAUAGAAAUAUGAAUUGGCGAGGCAAAAAAAUUCGUUUAUCUUAUUAUGCUGUAUGA